CUUUACAUUUUUUAUUCAUUUAUUUGCCAAGUAUAUUAUUUAUUCGAUGACAUCCACAAAUUAAUUGUGAGAGCCUAUAAUAUAAUUUCCCUCAAAUGCAGUUAUGGAGCGAAAUGCAAUAAUAAAUAGUCAAGAUAGCAGAGUAGGCUCUUUCAACAAUGAGACCAACGUUGAGGAAGGUGGUCUUGAUCGCGCUGUUGGGCCGGGACCAGCCCCGCCGAAAGCGCAGGUCUGUGUGGGUCCAGAGAUGGUUCAAGUCCCGAAAGCAGGCAGGGAAGUUCCCCUGUCUCAUUCAAGAGCUUCGAAUGUUUGGAGAGGAAUUCCGAAGUUACUUUCGUCUGGACCGAAGCCAGUUCGAUCACCUGCUCCAGAUGGUUGGAGCCAGGAUCACCCGGAUGGAUACCAACUACCGGGAGUCCAUCAGCCCAGUUGAACGCCUGGCGAUUUGUCUCCGAUUCUUGGCGACAGGGGACUCCUACAGGACCAUUGGAUUCAGCUUCCGAGUUGGACGGUCCACGGUGGCAGGCAUUGUCCCCUCUGUGGCACAAGCCAUUUGGGACUGUCUGGUUGGUGAAUACGUGCCUGUCCCCAAGGAGGAAGACUGGAGGGCCACUGCUGCCGAGUUCCUGGAGAGGUGGAAUUUCCCCAACUGUCUUGGCUCCAUUGACGGGAAACAUGUAGUAAUCCAGGCUCCACCGUGCUCAGGUUCGCAAUUCUACAACUACAAGGGUACAUAUUCAGUUGUACUCUUGGCUGUAGUAGAUGCCAUCUACUGUUUCCGUGUUGUCGAUGUUGGUGCUUACGGCAAGGGAAGUGAUGGCGGGACCCUCCGGGACUCUGCCUUUGGCCAGGCACUUCAGGAUGGCACCCUGGAUAUUCCAACACCUGCAUCACUCCCUGGGGCUGAAGACCUGGGACCUGUUCCCCACGUCUUCGUCGGCGAUGAGGCCUUCCCUUUAAGACCCAACCUCAUGAGGCCCUACGCUGGACGCCAGCUGCCAUUGCCUGUAAGGAUCUUUAACAAACGACUGUCCAGGGCAAGGUUAGUUGUUGAAUGCGCCUUUGGGAUUCUGGCAGCCCGAUGGAGAAUGUAUUGGCGAGUGCUUGGUCUCAGCCCCUCAAAUGUUGAUGCCUGCGUGAAGGUCACAUGUGUUCUCCAUAACUACCUGUGGAGGUCAUUCCAGGAGCCGCUCCGGAUGGAGAUGGGCACACCAAAUGGUCACCUUCCUGAUGGCACCAGGACAGGCACUCCAGGUGAGGGAGAAGCUGACCACCUACUUCUCAUCGCCAGCAGGUGA